AUGGACCAUGCUGCCAAGUAUGAGAUUCCGACAACAAGAAGCCCCAAGGAAGGACCCGUGUGCUACUAUUGCAAGAAGCCAGGGCACUUCAAGCGUGAUUGCAAGAAGCUGAAGAGUGACGAGGGAAACGAUCAGCCACGUCAAUUUAACCGAUCAAUAGUACAGGGUGUAAGCAAUCUCGAUGCCAAGAUCCUGUUGGAUUGUGGUGCCACAACCGUAUACGUGUCUCGUGGAUUCGUCAAGAAGCACGAGCUAAAGACACACGCUUAUACCGACCGGACUAUCAAGGUGAAGCUCGGCGACAACAAGAUCGACGAGUCUAUACUGGAGUUGGUGAAGAUCGAGAUUCUACUCCAAGGAGUUUGA